AUGCAUAAAAAGCACUAUGUCCAGCUCACUAAGAGCAUGAUCCCACAGCUCUUUAAAAGAAGAUGUCCAACAGUUGAUCCAGAGCCAUUUGUGGCCGCUGCCCAUGUUUUCCCUAUGCGCGUCAAUAACCAUGUCACGGAGAACCUGAUUGACUGGUCCAAUAUCCCCAAUGAUCCUUUAUUUCAGCUCUCCUUCCCACAGCCAAGAAUGUUGCAUCCUAGUGAACUGUCAGAUAUUAUAGCCCAGAUGCGCGAACCAGGUGUAACAAAGGUAGCCAUGCAAAACAUUUCUGAGUCGGUCAGAGCACGGUUAAACCCUCAUCCAGCGGGUCAGAAGGAGGAGAAUGUCCCUCGUGUAGAUGGUGUCAUGGUGCCGGGGAUGCAGCAUAAAUAUCGUGAAACAGUGCUUUUCUUUCCGUCGGAGGGCCAAUUUUGUCAUGCCUUCUGCACAUAUUGCUUCCGAUGGGCUCAAUUCACCUCUGUCGGAUCGGGCCAGACAUUUAAAUCCAACGACGCCGCCCAAUUACAGAAAUAUAUUCAGACCCACAAAGAAGUCAAGGAUGUUCUGAUCACCGGUGGCGAUCCCAUGGUUGCCCCCGCCGAGGUUCUCCGAUCCUACAUCCAGCCCCUGCUCUCCUCAGACAACCUCGACCACCUCGCCACGAUCCGUAUUGGAACCAAGUCUCUCGCCUGGUGGCCAUACCGCUACUUGCUGGACCCAGACGCAAAGGAUGUCCUGAAUCUCUUCUCGGAGGUGGUCGCAUCCGGCAAACAGCUCGCGAUCCAAGCGCACUUCAGUCAUCCCAGGGAACUCGAAGUCCCCGCCACCCAAGAGGCAAUUCGACUCAUCCGCCAGACUGGCGCGCAGAUUAGAUGUCAAGGCCCCUUGAUUCGAAACAUCAACAAUUCCUCAGAGACAUGGGCACACAUGUGGAGUCUCCAGGCCCGACUCGGCCUCAUCCCGUAUUACAUGUUCGUCGAACGAGACACUGGUGCGAGGCACUACUUCUCCGUUCCGUUGGCGGAUGCGUUCAAGAUCUACAGCGGGGCGUAUUCGCGACUUCCCGGUACAGCACGUACGGCUCGUGGACCAUCCAUGUCGGCCAGUCCCGGUAAGGUUGCUGUGGUUGGGGAUACAGUGGUUGCGGGAGAGAGGGUGUUUGCGCUCAAGUUCUUGCAGGCACGCAAUCCAAACUGGUGUGAUGAGCUUUUCUUUGCGAAAUGGAGUCCCGAUGCCACGUGGUUGACGGAUUUGCAGCCGGCGUUCGGUCAGGACAAGUUCUUCUUUGAGGAUGAGUAUAAGGAUAUCGCGAGGAGGGCAGGUGAGGGGUCUUCGGGGCAGUUGAGUGCCCUGAUGUAG